AUGCGUGUAGUACCGGCAGAUGGUAUCAAAGUAUCCCUGCAACGCAAGGGUCUCCUCUUUCAGGAUCACUACCGACGACCGUCCUUUGUUCAAUGGAAAGACAAACCUCCUUCAGCAAUCAGGGAUCCAGAGAGAAUUACCGUGACCAACCCCGCUAACGGGAAACGGUUGUGCACUGUCGACGCAGCAUCGUCCGACGAGGUUGAAUGGGCCGUGUCUCAUGCCCAGACCACGUUUGACUCUGGGAUAUGGUCGAAGGCUUCGUCAAUGCAUCGCUCGUCUGUCCUCUCACGGCUAGCGGACUCUCUUCAGCGGCGCAUCCCUGACAUGGCCCGAAUAGAUACUCUGCAAACAGGGAGGCCUAUCCGGGAAAUGAAUGCACAAAUGAGUCGUCUUCCUGACUGGCUGAGCUAUUAUGCAGCACUCCUACGCACAAACCAAGGAUUCGUUGCCCCUACUCAAGGGAAGUUGCUUAAUUACAUUCAACGCGUUCCUCUGGGAGUUGUGGCACAGAUCACUCCAUUUAAUCAUCCUCUUUUUAUUGCCAUCAAGAAGAUUGCCCCUGCUAUUGCUGCUGGCAAUAGUGUCAUUGUCAAGCCAUCUGAGCUUACUCCCAUAUCCCUACUGGAGUUUGCAAACCUAACUCAGGAAGCUGGUCUUCCUGACGGAGUUUUGACUAUCCUCCCUGGCUACGGCCACACUACGGGGAAACAACUCGCAACUCAUCCCCUCGUUCGAAAGGUCGACAUCACAGCCGGUACCCGGACUGGUCGGGCUCUGGGAGCCAUCGUUGGCUCGAACCUCGCGGCCUUUACAGCUGAGCUGGGCGGAAAGACCCCGAUACUUAUCUUUGAUGAUGCAGAUAUUGUUUCUGCUGUCAAUGGGGUCGCAUUUGCGGCGUUCGUUGCGUCCGGCCAAACGUGUGUCUCGGGAACCCGCAUCAUCAUACAGGAAAAUAUCUAUGAAUCUUUCAUGACGGAAUUAUUGAAGAAAGUUGAAAGUAUCACACAGAGGAUGGGUGACCCUAUGGACGAAAAAUGCUCUAUGGGCUCUAUUAUAUCUUCCCACCACCUGAAUAGAAUCGAUGACAUGCUAGCACGACGGCAAUCAGGCACAAUUUUAACGGGUGGAAAGCGAAUGUUGGGGAAGUCCCUCCUCGACCAUUUCGAUUUCUCUCACGGGAGCUUCUACCCGCCUACCGUGAUCUCUGAUGUUGAUGUCAGUCAUGAAUUAUGGCAAGAGGAAAUUUUCGGCCCUGUGAUGGUCGUGAAAAAGUUCUCUACUGAAUCCGAUGGAGUUAGACUUGCCAAUGCUUCCAAGUACGGACUGGGAGCGGGAGUCUGGACUCAGGAUCUGUCAAGAGCACAUCGAGUUGCUGCUAAUAUUGACGCUGGUCUUGUUUGGGUGAACACUCAUCACCGCAAUGACCCAAGCUCGCCAUGGGGUGGUAUGAAGGAGAGUGGCAUAGGUCGGGAAAAUGGUAUCGAGGCAUUGGAAGCUUACUCUCAGAGCAAAUCGACCAUCGUCAAUGUGGCGUCAGCUGAUGAGUCUCGAACUGACGACUGGUUUAGCGGAGAACAGAAGAGAUAUGGCUAAUGUGAUGUUCGUGGCAUAGUAGAUUAUCUCUAUGAAAUGGUGGUAUGCGUAGGAUCUACUAGUGUACAUUAUUACCGCAGGAUACAUGUUUACUCGUCUUUAAGGUGACAUACACAAUACAAACUUUGAAAGCUCAUCAUGUUGUCUUAACGGCCUCCUUUGUGGUUGGCUAUCCAACCAAGUUAAGUUAAACACGUCAAUGAAUUGAUCGUUGGACAUACCUCGCUUAUCUCUACAGGAGUCUCAUCAACGAAGUCUGGGACCUUAUUGAGGUCUGAAAGAUAUGAGGGACCUUCUUCCUCUUCCUCAAGCUGUAAGGCAUCCAAUUCUGUGAUAAUGACGUUUCGAAAUAACUGAGAUGAAAAGCUAUGUGUGUACGUACCAGCCUCAAGAUCUGCCUCGUCAAUCUCAUCUGGAACGGCAUAUGACCGGCCCAGAGACUCUUGUAUCUCGUUCGCCUGUUCCAGGAGCUCUUCCAUAUCAUAAUGCAUAUUCUGAGU